AUGGAGAGUGGAGUUGUGAAGGGAAACGGGAGGGGGAAAGGACUGCCAUGUGUCACACCCAAGCCCGGGCCGCGCGCUGGAAGGCGUCAGCUGCCAACGGGCUUCCUCGGCCCGCCCAGACCAGAGAGACGGCUGCUGAUUGGCCAGGCGUGCUCGAGGACCCGCCUUCCGCAGGUUGCGGGCCUAUCUAACCCGGGGUCUCCGCCUCCGCGAGGAGUUACGGGAAUCGGCGCGGAAAGCGGGUUCUGGGGAGGCGGAGGGCCGAAGCCGGAAGGCCGCGUAUGCCGAGGCCAGAUCCGGAGUGCGACUGGUAGCGGAGGUAGCCGCUUCGUCUGCUUUCAGCAACGAAAGGGUGGGGCCGCGUCGACUCCCGCCCCGGAAGCGGAAGUGCAGGCGUUGCAGGGGUCCAGUCCACUGCGAGCCCGUGCGCCUGCCGUUCCGCCCCGUGAUCGUGUCGCGCCCUCUUCCUUGCCGGUAGCGUUCGCCGGUCCCACCAUGCUGUCUCUAGACUUUCUGGAUGAUGUGCGGCGGAUGAACAAGAGGCAGCUGUAUUAUCAAGUCCUAAAUUUUGGAAUGAUUGUCUCCUCUGCACUAAUGAUCUGGAAGGGGUUAAUGGUAAUAACUGGAAGUGAAAGUCCAAUUGUAGUGGUGCUCAGUGGCAGCAUGGAACCUGCAUUUCAUAGAGGAGAUCUUCUUUUUCUAACAAAUCGGGUUGAAGAUCCUAUACGAGUGGGAGAAAUUGUUGUUUUUAGGAUAGAAGGAAGAGAGAUUCCUAUAGUUCAUCGAGUCUUGAAGAUUCAUGAAAAGCAAAAUGGGCAUAUCAAGUUUUUGACCAAAGGUGAUAAUAAUGCUGUUGAUGACCGAGGCCUCUAUAAACAAGGACAGCACUGGCUUGAGAAGAAAGAUGUCGUGGGAAGAGCCAGGGGAUUUGUUCCUUAUAUUGGAAUUGUGACAAUCCUCAUGAAUGACUAUCCUAAAUUUAAGUAUGCAGUACUUUUCUUGCUGGGUUUGUUUGUGCUGGUCCAUCGUGAGUAAGGAGUCUGCUGUUGCUGUUUCGGGGAAGGCCGUGCUUUUUGUUCUGAAUGUUUGGAGUCGAUCCUGCUCUGUGGAAUGGAAGACACACAUGUUGGCGCUUCUUGGUAGCACUGGUUUGCAUUAGUUUAUGUUUCCACGCCCGAGUAUGUGUGGGCGGGUAUAUAUGCACCAUGGAGUGCACGCGAGGGGACUUUUCAAUCACAAAAUUUCAUAUGUUGUCAUUGUCACACUUUCACAUUUUUGUACAUCAGUGAAUUUUUUAUAUUAAAAGGUUGAGCCAAAGCCCCCAGUGUUUGUAUUUUGAAGCCAAGCUUCACUUCUAAAGUGCCUACAGAGUUCUGUAAAUGAAAAUGCAGCUCUGCAUGAGUUUGAAGCUGCCAUUCCUCCUUAUAAUUGGAAUGGCACGUAUUAAGAUGGUCAUAAGUCUUAACUUUUCAAAAUUUUAAUAAAUAAAAGACUUUGCACAUUGAA